UAUCGAUCAUUGGUUUACCAUUUACGGAAGCGUUCGGCGUGUAAGUAUAUAAAUUCACUGUGCCAAUACGGCUGCGACAGUGAUCACACAAUCACACAAUGGCGUUGACAAUCUUGUCUCUCCUCAGCCUCCUCGCGCUCUCGCAGGCCAGGAUUAUCGAACCACUCUUCGAUUCUAGGAUCGUAAAUGGAGUAGAUGCAAAAUUCGGCGAGAUCCCCUAUCAGAUUUCCUUGCAAGACAAACAUUCCAAUUUCCACUUCUGCGGCGGAUCAAUUCUCGACGAAAAUCAUGUUAUCACGGCAGCUCACUGCAUUGCUGGCAAAAGUCCUAACAACAUAAAGGUAGUCGCUGGUACUAUCGAUUUGCAAGACCCGAAAUCGACACAUGAAGUCAUACGGAUUACCGCUCACGAGAAAUAUAAUGCUGCUAAUUCUUGGAUCAACGACAUCGCUAUAUUGAGGGUGGGAAAUCCAUUCGUCAAGUCUACGCAAGUCGGCUACGUUACUCUGCCACCGAAGGGUCACGUUGUGAAAGGCAACGACUUAGCUGUUGUUUCCGGAUGGGGCAGACUCUGGCAAAAUGGACCGACUACUAAGAAGCUGCAAAGAGUCAAUAUCCUCAUUGCUGACCAGGACUACUGCAGACAAAAAUAUAACAGCAUGGGAUACAACGUCCAUCUCUCGCAGGUUUGCGCGUACGACCCGGACACCGAGAAGGGAUCCUGCAACGGCGACUCCGGCGGUCCGUUGACUGUUGGUGGCAAACUCGUCGGUCUCGUAUCCUGGGCGUACGGCUGUGCCAGCACUAACUACCCCACUGUCUACACGCGAGUCGAAAGUCAUCUUGACUGGAUCAAUGCUCAUCUCGAUUAAAUCAGUCCUACCCGCUCCCGGCUCCAAACGGUGAGACAUCGCAACAAGAUGGGACAACGGCUGUACAAAAAAAUAAUCUUACGAUUUUGUACAUUUUUCGAUGUAAUAAAAAAUACCAAAGGAUAAUCACUUCCCAUCUCGCUCACUAUAACCU